AUGUUGUCUACCCACCCGAUUUCGCUGUCACCUUCCCAGCUCCAAGUCAUGGAUGUCAGUGCUAGAGCUGCAUCUGCCCUCUCUAUCACUGCAUCAUUUUUCGUAAUUGCAAGCUUUCUGGGUAGUAACCUAUUCAAAACCCCAGUCAACAGACUCAACUUUUAUGCGACCUGGGGAAAUUUAUUUGCAAAUAUUGGCACCAUGAUGGGGACGUCUGAGGUUUCACGCGGCGAAGCGAAUCGCCUCUGCCACGUCCAGGCAUUCAUAUUACAAUGGUUUUUGCCAGCAAACUCGUUAUGGAUCUUUUGCAUGGCCUUAAAUGUCUACUUGACCUCAUUCCGCAGAUACAGGCCUACUGAGUUGAAACGACUGGAGUGGCGGUACUUAAUUUUAUGUUAUUUAAUCCCAUUCAUACCUGCAUUUAUAUUCCUGUUCAUCCGCACAAAGGUCAGGGGACCUGUAUAUGGAGAUGCCAUUAUGUGGUGCUGGAUUAGACCAGAGUGGAAAGCUUUACGCUUCGCAUUCUUCUAUGGGCCUGUAUGGUUCAUAGUCGUUAUUACAAUUUCAAUUCUUAUAUAUGCGGGAAUUGAAAUUCUGUCAAGGCAAAAAAAAAUUCGGAGACUUUCUACGACAAAUAUUCCUAAUAUCCCAGACAAAUACCACUUAGGGGCCCAGCGAAAUCCUACGAUUGACGUGGUAAAAGCUCCCUUGGUAACAGAUACGAAUGCCGAUGGUUUGGGAGGUGAGCUGGCGAAUAUUCCAGCUUUUGUUCAUCUAGCUUCCUCUGGUGAUGCACGGCUUAUUAGGGAACAAGCUACGAAAGCCGGGGAUACAUCACCAAUGACAACUUGGUUGGACGGCGAAACAUCGCAGAGAGCAGAAGACAACAGAAGUUCCAGCAUCAAUCUCAGACGAUCCUCAACACAAAUCUCACCACGUCCCUUGCCAUCUCUCGCUCCUUGUGCUACAACUGACUCCCAGAUGUGGCGGGAAAGCGCACAACGACCGAGCACAACUCUCAACGUUGAGACCCUUAGAUCAGGCCUUGAUGAACUUGAAAACAUAAAUACGCUGCGCAACUCUCAGAUUGACAUGGAAAAUACUACUCGGAGUACAAUCAGUGAUAUAUCUCUUGAGAAUAUUGACCUCUGGAUCCAAAGCCACAGCCAAAGCUGGCACUCAAGCCAUGACCUUGUUCAACAUCAACUCAUUGAGAGUCAGAAUGCAGCAUAUUCACACCUUCCACUCUAA